GAACCAGCACACGGAUCCACCACUAAAUCACCCUCUUUGGUAGUUGCUUCCAACAAUACCGUGCCAAAACUUCUAUUGGUAAAUCUUUUACCCGUAGUAGGAUAUUUUUGGAGUAAGAAGCAGAAUUCGGCAUUACUUCUUAGUCAGGUUCCUAAUCCCAAAGUAUUCUUUUUAUAUCAAACAAGACAAUCUACUAUUUUCAAAUUAGGAGCCUUAAUCAUUCAAGCCGCAAUCCGAUCACUUCCUAACAGACCUUUAUUGACUCAUAAAAGACAAAAAGCACUAGGCUUCAAAACUCGUCCUGCUUGUUCAAUUAUUCGCAUAAUUUG